AUUUUAUCUAAUUGUUUUAUGUUGUUGGUGGAAAUUGUAAAUUAUUUGGUUUUAAUAAUUUGUGUUUUAGUAGGAGUAGCUUUCGUUACUUUGUUGGAACGGAAAAUUUUAGGAUAUAUUCAAAUUCGAAAAGGUCCAAAUAAAGUUGGGUAUAUAGGAUUAUUGCAGCCUUUUUCUGAUGCUGUUAAAUUGUUUACUAAAGAGCAGACUAUGCCUAUUAUAUCAAAUUUUGUUGUGUAUUAUUUGUGUCCUGUACUUAGGUUAUUCUUAUCUUUGCUAGUGUGAAGGGUUAUACCUUAUGAUGUGGGUCUAGUGAGAUUUAAUAUGAGUAUUUUGUUCUUUUUCUGUUGUUUGGGAAUGGGAGUCUAUAGAGUUAUAGUAGCAGGAUGAGCUUCAAAUUGUAAAUAUUCUUUGUUAGGAAGACUUCGGAGUGUUGCCCAGACCAUUUCAUAUGAGGUAAGAUUAGCUUUAAUUUUACUGUCUUUUAUUAUGUUACUGGGAGGAUUUAGAUUAGAAUUGUUUGUAAAAUAUCAGUGUUAUUCUUGAUUUAUAUUCAUAUCUUUACCUUUAAGAAUGGUUUGGUUUGCUUCUUGCUUAGCUGAAACUAACCGAACACCUUUCGAUUUUGCUGAAGGAGAGUCGGAAUUGGUUUCAGGUUUUAAUACUGAAUAUAGGAGUGGAGGAUUUGCUUUAAUUUUUAUAGCAGAAUACUCUAGAAUUCUUUUUAUAAGAGUUUUGUUUGUAAUUGUAUUCUUGGGAAGAAGGCCAUGUAGAAUUUCUUUUUAUUUAAAAUCAAUAUUGGUUGCAUUUAUUUUUGUUUGAGUUCGUGGUACACUACCUCGGCUUCGAUAUGAUAAGCUUAUGUAUUUAGCUUGAAAAAGAUUUUUACCUGUAUCUAUUAAUUACCUGAUUCUUUUCAUAGGAGUGAAAUCUUUAUGUUUUGUUCUUAAUUUAUAA